AUCCAUCAUGGGCGCCGGGAUCUCACGAGUCACUCGCCUCGUGAGAAAACCCUUGGAAACUCACAGAAGAGUGGAGAAAAUACUGGAAAAGAAACCAAAGCCUGCGCCAAAACACCCUAGUUCAGAAGCUGCAAUAGCUAAUGCACAAAAACAUAAUGAGGAGCUGUUUAAAGAAAGAGACAGAAAAGAUGACAUCCUUCUAGGCAGACUGAGAGAUUUCAAAAUAAUGGAUGCUCAGGAAGGGAAGCCAAUCAGUGGAGAGCAGGAGACAAACAGAAAAUUACCUAUAUCCCGCGAGUCGUCGAUGUCCCGUCAGGUGGGCGUGGUGCCGAAAGGGAAAAUAACCUCAGUCCAAUUAUCAGAACUUUUUGCGAAGAGAUUAGAGGAUCCUGACGAGUGGACCAAAUACAAACUUGCGGAGCAUUAUAAGUUAGAUAAGGAAGCUUUAUCGUCAGUUUUAAAGUACUAUAGUGACUAUACAGUGGUGGCCAAAGCAGAACUACCCAGGCCAUUAAAUCCGUCAGUUCUUGGUUGACUCAAAUGUCUCUGGUGCGAUCAUUGAAGAUGAUUGAUUUUGUACGUCAGGGAAAUAUCUUAUGGGGUUAAUUUAGUUGUUUUCGGCAGUCACG